CACAGAAGGAAUGAAGUAUGGAUGUAAAGGAGCGAAGACCUUAUUGCUCCUUGACAAAAAGUAGGCGAGAAAAGGAACAACGGCGUUACACAAAUUCUUCAGCUGACAAUGAGGAGUGCAGGGUGCCCACCCAGAAGUCUUACAGUUCCAGCGAAACCCUGAAAGCUUUUGAUCAUGAUUCCUCUCGGCUGCUCUAUGGGAACAGAGUAAAGGAUUUGGUUCACAGAGAAGCCGACGAGUAUACCAGGCAAGGACAGAAUUUUACCCUAAGGCAGUUAGGAGUUUGUGAACCAGCAACUCGAAGAGGACUGACAUUUUGUGCGGAAAUGGGACUCCCCCACAGAGGUUACUCUAUCAGUGCAGGGUCAGAUGCUGAUACAGAAAAUGAAGGAGUGAUGUCCCCAGAGCAUGCCAUGAGACUUUGGGGCAGGGGGGUCAAAUCAGGCCGAAGUUCCUGCCUGUCAAGUCGGUCCAACUCAGCCCUCACCCUGACCGAUACAGAGCAUGAAAACAAGUCGGACAGUGAGAAUGGUCUUCAACAGAUGCUCCUCAGAUCAAACAAAUAUAAAUUGUAA